AACUCGAGCGGAAGGGCGUAGGCAACCACCGCUUGUGCAGCAAACAAAACCUUCCCGAUUGUUGGAGAGCACGCCGAGAUCUGCUCCAGACUCCGCCCCCCAUGGCUUCCGCGCCGACACAGCCGCCCCUCCUCCCGGUCACCAACCCCACGGCCGCGGGCUCGGCCCCCGCCUCCGGCGGCGGUGGCGGUGGCGGCCUGGACGCGCCGAUCGCCACGCCGGCGUUCCGCCUCUUCAUGAGCCGGAUCUCCGAGUCGGCGCGGCGCUCGCUGUCCGACCGGCGCCCGUGGGCCGAGAUGGUCGACCGCUCGGCCUUCUCGCGGCCGGACUCCCUCUCCGACGCCACCUCCCGCCUGCGCCGCAACCUCACCUACUUCCGCGUCAACUACACCGCCGUCGUCGCCUUCGCGCUCGCGGCCUCGCUCCUGGCCCACCCCUUCUCGCUCCUCAUCCUCCUGGGGGUCCUCGCCGCCUGGUGCUUCCUCUACAUCUUCCGCGCCUCCGACCAGCCCGUCGCGCUCUUCGGCCGCACCUUCUCCGACCGCGAGACGCUUCUGGGGCUCAUCGUCGCCUCGCUCGUGGCCUUCUUCUUCACGCCCGUCGCGUCGCUCAUCAUCUCCGGGAUGCUCGUCGGCGGCGCCAUCGUCGCCGCCCACGGCGCGUUCCGCAUGCCCGAGGACCUCUUCCUGGACGAAUCCGACGCAGCCAGCGGCAACAGCGCGGCUCAGGGGCUGCUCUCCUUCCUCGGGGCACCCGGAUCUAGGGUUUGAGGCGGCAGGCGACGAGAUCUGGUAGGCUUCCUGGGCGCGAGAAGUUCGUCUUAAACUGGAGUUGCCCUGGAUCUGAUGUUGCUGUAGCUGUGCCCUGUAUCUUCUCCAGUUCAUCGUUCUGUAGUUACAGAUCUAUUGGUUUAUUGUUGAUCCUGGUUGAUGCGCCGACUUUUGCCCAUAUAUGCGCAAUUUUCUCUCAUGAGUUCCACGCUGUGAUGCAAGUGUAGUGGUGAAGACUUGAGUACUUCUAUAUAAAUGCAUGAUGUAUGAUGUAUGAUGUUUAACUGUAUCAGUGAUGUAGAUGGUAUGUUCUUGAGGGUAAUGAAAACAAGGUACUAGUACAACCCUUUGGUGCUUC